GCAAAGUCGACAUCGCCUCGCUGUACCUUCCGGCGUGGCCUCGGUGCGUUGAACUCGAAUACGAGGAUACUCCUCCUUCGAAUGUCCUCCGCGCGAUAUUCGUGUAGCGGAUGUGAAUACGACUCGAAUCGAAAAAAUACAGAUGGUUCCCGUUGUCGGGAUGGACGCGCGCGAGCCGAGGACCGUUGGCAGACGUCGGUGAUUCAUAAUAGAAAAGAUGAAGAGGCUCCUGGAAGGGAGCGGCCGUGUAGAAAAACGCGACAGAUGCUCUUAAUAAGGAAUAUGCUCACGCGAUCUCAAAAUGCAAUCGCCUUUGCCGAUUCGUGCCAAGGGCGAUAAAAAUCGCCCGAUAGCUGCGCGCUCUCUCCCUCUGUCUCUCUUUCGAGUUGACUCACGAUGCAUGUCUUCUCGGGAAACGUCGCCACCUCGUCAUAGACGCAGUCAAAUUUCCUCGAACACCGUUCGCGAGUUGCAAACUUUCCGGCCGGACGGCCGUUACUUCGAAAGGCCAGCGUGAGUCAGUUCGCCUUGCAUCGGCCGAGGGUGAAGGUAUUAAAAAAAAAAAAAAGGAACGACACAAAACCCGAUGUCCGGUUCCGAGCCAUGCCACGUUUCAACGACCGAUCGAUCUUUCGCGUCAAGGUCGCACGCUUCUUUUUAGCCUUGCGCGAUGAGACUCUAUAGUCGGAAUUGUUGCGCCGAGCAAAUUGAUCCUUGAAGGGUUCGUAAUUAAAUUAGCGAAUUGAUUCGUAAUCCAUUCGUAAAUAAAUCAUAUUCACCGCGUUCCAAAUAACGCAGGGAAUAGCGCUAGGAAACAAAAGAAUCGCGAAAAGCGAGGCGCACAAUUUACGAUCGAUGCGUUAACGGCUCUACUUACUGUUCCAUUUAGGAACGCUUCGGAACUCAGAAAACGAUUUUAUAAAUUAUUAAAUACAUCGAUCCAGGCUAACGUUACAUACUCCGUAUCGUGUACUUGCUCGUACACUGAUUAACCAACGGUUAAUUGAUUCCCGCGAAUAGAUCCUGGCAUUGAAAGUGCCUACGAGCGUCGACGGAAAGAGAAAUUUUCUAAAAAGAAUCGAUACGUUUCGUUCGUACGCUGCUGCUUACGAGAUACUCGCUAAAAAUCCUUUUAAAAUAAUUACAUCCACGUAACGUAGCACGGUCUCGAAACCGCCGUUUAGUCCGCAGCCGUAAUUACGUUGCAGAAUGCCGAAUAAUCGAUCGUACGAAUUUCGCCUGCGUUUCAGGAGAUUCGUCCCGUCGAUGGUCAGACGGGCCCCCGGUGAACGCGGAACGUUGGCAUUCCUCGGUCGACGGAGCCGCCAGGAUGUUCACCAGGCGGUGUCCGUAGGAUACGUCCGGGGUCGACCUUGAAACACCAGGUCGGAGAACCGAGAGAGGUUUCGCCUUGGGUAAUCGGUGCCGCGGACUCGAAAACUAGGCCUGCGCCUGCGGUGACGUCGCCGCGGUGCGUCGCGAUGUACAACCGCGAACGACGUGGGGGGGGGGGGUCCGAGGGGGGCUGACAAGAGUACAGAGGAGCGGCGGGUGCCGAGGGGGGCUCGGGCUGGUGUGCGUUCGCGGUAACGAAACAAAUAGGCCGGCGACUUUCACCGCGUAGCCGUUCUCGGCUACGACACAACCGUCAAGCGCGCUCGCUCUUGGCCAGCGAUGGGACCAAUCCAAUGGCAUACUCAUUAGGGUAACCGCGGCUCGGCCCGACCGACUAGCGGCUUCUUAUCGGAACGAAACCACCUAACAGAUGAACACCGCGCCGUAAACACCGCGAUGCUAGUUAUUCACACUAGCGCAUAGACGUACCAAUAUUCCAAUAGGAACCCACGAAUGUUCUCCGAUCCCAAGCAAUACAUCUCGCAUUACAGACAGGGGAUGAAGAUCCAGUUACGAAGGCGACAGACCAGUUUCUUAUCAGAAGAGCACAGAAGCUGCUGUUCGGUAGAAACGCACAAAUGUUCUCUAAUUCUAAGGAAUAGAUCCCGCAUUACAAAUAGGACGUAUCGAAAGCCAUUACGAUAACGUAACAUUCGUGUGCUAUUAGAAUACGACGUAAUGCAACGUUUCGCGUGCAUUUAUGACGUAUACAAAUGUAAAAUAUUCACGUUGAACGUAUGCAGAAUAUACGCAGUUAUGCGGAACGAAAUAUUAUUAUUAUCAUAAUUUGUGAAAUAUACUCUGCAUACCUUUUGCGUGCGUGUACAAUAUUAGAGUGCAGCGUAAAUGCAUGACAUUCAAUUUAGAAAUGCAAUCUGAACUCUAGUAUCUCCGAACGACCAAAGGACCGAUAGAUUUACCGAAUUUAUCUGUUGAAAAGAUUGUAAGGUGAAUUUGUAAAUAUUCAUCCAGGUAAUAAUUGGACCAAGUGGAAGCUUAUCAAGGGUGGGACAGCGGAGUGACAGGGGCACGCGUAUUUAUUAGCGAUUAACUUUGACCAUCGCUUAUUAAUCUCUGGUGGGAAUCGUAAACUAUCAAAGCUAUCGUAAGCUAUCGAAUUUGACGUAGUCGUUACGUAUCAACACGACAGUCGCGUGCCUCGAUAAAUCCUUAAGGCUAGGCGUGGGAUAUAUCACGUAUGCUCUCAUGUACGCCCAUAGCUUUAACCAUCUCGACUAAACUGUCAUCCGACCGCAAGUCGAAAGUCGAAGCCUCACCAGUUGGCAAUCAUUCCUUUCAAUGGGAUCAUUGUAUCGGUAUCGGAUGAAAUAGAGUAGUGCUUGUAGAAUUUAAAUAAAGCUUUCUCCUUUUUUACUCUCAGUGGGCUUUUAUUAACGAUGUUCCCUGUGUGAUUUCUAUUUCGAUAAAAAGGAAUGCGUUUACAUUUUUUAGCCGCGGGACGCUUUUGUGAUCGGUCCCCACAUUUCUCCGAGUAGAAAAAACGGGAGAAGGCUCUUUCAGCGAAAGAAGUAACAGAAAUGUUUAGAAGCCUGAUUUUCCAAAUUGAAAAUCUAUUGAUGUAUUAUUUGAACAAUUUUCACAGCUGACGUUUAUUAUUUAAUUUUUGUUUAGGAGGACGUUAUGCAAUUGUAAGAUGCAUACAGGCAAAUAUUGAAACAAACCAAUUGCAAGUAUACAAUUCGGAACUUAGUUUAUUUAACGGUUAACCCACUAUCAUCUGCAUACGUACACUUUGCGUUAUCGGUACGUGCUGUGUACGACACAGAGGGUACGAGUACUUACGGGACUGUAUACAGAGUGUUUCAGAAUUAGUGUAAGAACCGGAAAUGGAGCUGAGACGAUUCCGAACCAGGACUUCCUUCGCAAAAAUUCCGGACGGUGCUUCGUUUUUGAACUAUUAAAGGAACUCCUGGUCUAGAAUCGUCUCAGCUACCCUCUCAUUUCCGGUUCUCACACCAAUUCUAGGACACCCUGUACAAAUAUUGGCUUGUCCGGAAAGUUCAUGCCGAUUUUUGAUAGCUGGUGCAGGUCUGAAUAUGUCGAAAUGACUGAAAACAAAUAAAACAUAUACGUACAUCCCUUAAAAGGUGGAAAGGUUGCGGAACAAAAUGGUACCUAUGCAAUUCAAUAAAUUCGUAUUACAAUUCAACCGUGCCUUUGAAAUUUUUUCAAAAAUUGCCACGAACUUUCUGGACAACCUAACAGAUAUCCAUCUCGCGUGCAUCGCAUGAAAAUCCCCGGCAGCUUUUGAUUGUUUCGUUCCACCCUGGCGUACACGUCUCGGUCCCAUCGCUAGACAGGGCCCAAACAGCUCUGCGUUACGGAGUACCCUCGACUCGCCGUUCUCGUCGUCCUCGACAGAGUGGGGGGAAUCCUGGUGUCGGGAGCGGAGACACGAGGCAUACCCGGAGCGAACGGGGCCCCCGAUUCUUUUUCGCUCAGUCGCACCGUGCACGUGUGUCGCGAGCCGACGACCGAGCAAGCCCCCGUCUUCGUCAGCGGUCUCUCGAGUUCUCCUUCUUCUCUUCGCGAAAAAAGAUAUUCCGCGUGUUCGUUUUCAACCUUGCCAACCGCCUCCGCGACCGUUCAUCCGCCGCCCUGCCACGCCGUUCGCGUCCAGUCGACGUCGUUCCGCGCGAACGGACAGGAUGCGUUCACGCGGUCCUUGCUGAGCCGGACGUGCAACGCGAAGUUCUGUGCUCGGUGUCUUAGCUACCUAAAGGAAAGAAAUGCACGGGCUGGUGGUGUUAUCGCGACGAUGAUGGGACGAGGAGGAGACCUGCCGCGGCUGUGCACCUUCGCCUGGUUACUCUGGUGUGUCUUGCCUGCUGGGACCGGAGUGCUUCACAACUACGCGGAUAAACAGAGGUACGAUGGCUGGUACAACAAUCUGGCUCAUCCGGAUUGGGGAUCGAUCGACAGCAGGCUGAUACGAAAGAUGCCAGCAGCGUAUUCCGAUGGAGUUUACAUGAUGGCUGGCCAGGAUAGGCCUUCCCCGAGGAAGCUCAGUCAGCUCUUCAUGCAGGGUGACGACGGUUUGCCAUCGGUCAAGAACAGAACAGCGUUAUUCGCUUUCUUUGGGCAACUGGUCACGUCAGAGAUAAUCAUGGCCAGCGAAAGUGGCUGCCCCAUAGAGUACCAUCGGAUCGACGUAGACAAAUGCGACCCGGUUUUCGACAAGGAGUGCCAAGGUAACAAGUACAUUCCCUUCCGACGAGCCGAUCACGACCGUCGAACCGGACGCAGCCCAAAUAGCCCGCGUGAACAGAUAAACAAAGUAACGAGCUGGAUCGACGGUAGCUUCAUCUAUUCGAGCAGCGAGGCAUGGGCGAACACGAUGAGAUCGUUCAAGAACGGCAGCCUCCUCAUGGAACCCACGAGGAAAUUCCCCGUGAGAAACACCAUGCGCGCUCCUCUCUUCAACCACGCCGUCCCCCACGUAAUGAGGAUGCUCAGCCCCGAACGGCUUUACCUUCUGGGCGAUCCACGAACGAACCAGCAUCCGCCCAUGUUGGCUCUGGGAAUAUUGUUUUAUCGGUGGCACAACGUCGUCGCAUCGCGCAUACAGCGUGAACAUCCCGAUAUGACCGACGAAGACGUCUUCCAAAAAGCACGGCGCAUCGUUGUGGGAACGCUUCAGAAUAUCAUUCUGUACGAGUACAUUCCCUUGCUACUGGACGAGGAUCCACCGCCUUACAUGGGCUACAAACCGGAUCUACAUCCAGGGAUCAGUCACAUAUUCCAAAGUGCAGCGUUUCGAUUUGGUCACACCCUAAUCCCACCCGGUAUAUACCGCCGCGACGAGAGUUGCGAGUACAGGAGAACCAACACCGAUCAACCAGCCAUCAGGCUUUGUUCCACGUGGUGGGACUCAAAUGAAGUUUUAACGAACAGUACCAUCGAGGAGCUGAUCAUGGGCCUGACCUCCCAAAUAGCCGAGAAAGAGGACAACCUCCUCGGUACCGACAUCAGGAACAACCUCUUCGGACCGAUGGAGUUCUCUCGCAGAGACUUGGGCGCGUUGAACAUCAUGCGUGGGAGAGACAACGGACUCCCGGACUACAACACCGCCAGGUCCCACUUCAAGCUGCCCCGCAGGAAAACCUGGAACGAAAUCAACCCGGACCUGUUCAACAAGAAUCCUUCUCUGCUGCGCACGCUGGUGGAGAUUCACUCGAACAAUCUGAACAACGUCGACGUCUACGUCGGUGGAAUGCUGGAGUCCAGCGCCGGUCCGGGAGAGCUCUUCACCGCGGUGAUCAAAGAGCAGUUCCUUCGUUUGAGAGACUCUGAUAGAUUUUGGUUCGAGAACGAGGAGAGCGGGAUUUUCACGAGAAACGAAAUCGAAGAGAUCCGUCGCGUCACUCUGUGGGAUGUGAUAAUAAACGCGACCGGUAUAUCGUCGGAUGCGAUACAGAAGAACGUGUUCCUCUGGAACGAGGGAGAUCCUUGCCCUCAACCCUAUCAACUGAACUCGACUAUGUUGGAGCCAUGCGUUCCGCUGCAACGUUACGACUACUUCGAGGGAAGCGAGCUGGUGUACAUAUACGCCUGCGUUUUUCUGGGCUUCGUGCCGAUUCUGUGCGCCGGCGCCGGAUACGGGCUGGUGAAGCUGCAAAAUCGACGGAGAAGGAGAUUGAAAAUCCUCCAGGAAGCGAUACAGAAGAGAAACGACGGGAAGAUCUGCGUGGACAAGAUGAUCGUGCGCGAGUGGCUGCACGCGAAUCAUCGUCGUCUGGUCAAGGUGAAAUUCGGACCGGAAGCGGCGCUGCACGUCGUCGAUCGGAAGGGGGAGAAACUUCGCACCUUCGACUUCGGCGAUGUCAACAUCGUUACCAUGGAGGAAUCCCAGGAAAACGAGAACGGGCAUCGCAAGGCCUUGGUACUGCUACGGAUACCGCGGGAUUAUGACCUUGUCCUUGAGCUGGAUUCGCUGGCCUCGCGUAGAAAGUUCAUUGCGAAAUUGGAGUCAUUUCUGGCGUCCCAUAAAAAACACUUCACGCUGGCCCAAGUGGGCAGGGACAUUAUGCUUGCGAAAGCGGAAACCAAAGAACGCCGCCAGAAGAAACUCGAGCAGUUCUUCAGGGAAGCCUACGCCUUGACGUUCGGUCUGCGACCUGGCGAGAGGCGACGUCGAUCCGACGACAGUGCCAGCGGGGAAGUCGUCACCGUUAUGAGGACCUCGCUUUCUAAAAGCGAAUUCGCAAGUGCUCUCGGUAUGCGGGCGGAUGCGGUCUUCGUGAAGAAAAUGUUCAACAUCGUGGACAAGGAUAGAGACGGCCGUAUUUCCUUCCAGGAAUUCUUGGACACCGUGUUGUUAUUCUCGCGAGGAAAAACCGAGGACAAGCUGAGGAUCAUUUUCGACAUGUGCGACAAGGACAGCAACGGAGUGAUAGACAAGGAGGAGCUGUCCGAAAUGCUCAGAUCACUGGUGGAGAUCGCGAGGACAACUAGUCUCUCGGACGAUCACGUCACUGAACUGAUAGACGGAAUGUUCCAAGACGCCGGCCUCGAGAGAAAGGAUUACCUCACCUACAACGAUUUUAAGUUGAUGAUGAAAGAGUACAAAGGGGAUUUCGUAGCGAUCGGUCUCGAUUGCAAAGGCGCCAAGCAGAAUUUCCUGGACACGUCGACGAACGUAGCCCGCAUGACGAGUUUCCACAUCGAUCAGCUUCCCUCGGAGGAUUCGAAGAGCUGGGCGCGCAAACAAUGGGACGCCGUGUCGACGUUCCUCGAGGAGAACAGACAAAAUAUAUUUUACUUGUUCGUUUUCUACGUCACGACCAUAGCUCUGUUCGUCGAGAGAUUCAUAUAUUACUCCUUUAUGUCCGAGCACACGGAUCUGAGGCACAUAAUGGGAGUUGGAAUCGCCAUAACCAGGGGAUCGGCGGCCGCCUUGUCCUUCUGUUAUAGCUUGCUGCUGUUGACCAUGUCCCGCAAUCUUUUGACCAAGCUGAAGGAGUUCUCCAUUCAGCAGUACAUUCCGUUGGAUUCUCACAUUCAGUUUCACAAGAUCGCUGCCUGUACCGCGCUCUUUUUUUCCGUUCUGCACACGGUGGGGCACAUGGUCAACUUUUAUCACGUUUCGACUCAACCCCUAGCCCAUCUUCGCUGCUUGACCAGCGAGCUCAGUUUUCCGAGCGAUGCUCGCCUAACGAUAUCCUUCUGGCUCUUUAGAACCGUGACAGGUUUAACCGGUAUCCUGUUAUUCGUCGUGAUGACGAUAAUCUUCGUCUUCGCUCAUCCAACUAUACGACAAAAGGCGUACAAGUUCUUUUGGUCGACUCACAGUUUGUACGUGGUGUUGUACGCGCUGUGCCUGAUUCAUGGUUUGGCACGUUUAACGGGCUCGCCGCGAUUCUGGAUUUUCUUUGUCGGUCCGGCGCUCAUUUACUCUCUCGAUAAGGUAGUGAGCCUACGAACCAAGUUCAUGGCAUUGGACAUCAUCGAGACGGAACUGUUGCCGUCGGACGUGAUAAAGAUCAAGUUUUACAGACCACCGAAUUUAAAGUAUCUGUCCGGGCAGUGGGUCCGCCUCUCGUGCACCGCCUUCAGAUCGAACGAAUUCCAUUCGUUCACCUUGACCUCGGCGCCGCACGAGAACUUCCUCUCGUGCCAUAUUAAGGCUCAGGGCCCGUGGACGUGGAAGUUGCGAAACUACUUCGACCCGUGCAAUUACAAUCCGGAUGUCGAGCAUCCAAAAAUCAGAAUAGAAGGUCCGUUCGGUGGCGGCAAUCAGGACUGGUAUAAGUUCGAGGUCGCUGUGAUGGUCGGUGGCGGUAUCGGCGUCACCCCCUACGCUUCCAUGCUGAACGAUCUCGUUUUCGGCACCUCCACCAACAGAUAUUCAGGUGUCGCGUGCAAAAAGGUCUAUUUUCUGUGGAUAUGCCCCUCGCACAAGCACUUCGAAUGGUUCAUCGAUGUUCUCAGGGACGUGGAAAGGAAGGACGUCACGGACGUUUUAGAAAUUCAUAUAUUUAUUACCCAAUUCUUUCAUAAAUUCGAUUUACGCACUACUAUGCUGUACAUUUGCGAGAACCAUUUCCAGAGGCUAUCGAAGAAGAGCAUAUUCACCGGGCUAAAAGCAAUAAAUCACUUCGGCAGGCCCGAUAUGACUUCGUUCUUAAAGUUUGUCCAGAAGAAACACAGCUACGUAAGUUGUGUUAAAGAAACGAAUAGAAAUUAUAGUCAAUGUCGGUCGACGGCGAGACUUAAUUACCCCAACUAUUAUAACGUCAGUAAAAUAGGAGUAUUUAGCUGCGGUCCGCGACCACUGACGAAGAGCGUGAUGUCGUCCUGCGACGAGGUGAACAAGGGCCGUCGUCUGCCGUAUUUUAUUCAUCAUUUCGAGAACUUUGGCUAGUCCGCUCGAUGUUAGCACGAACGAAGAAGAAAACGAACGACGUGUUCCGCCGCGAAUCUCGCUGGAACUCUACCGAGUGUAUAUAUAUUGAUGCGCGUGCGCGCUCGUCCUUUAUUUAUAACAAGUAUUACAUUUCUUAUUUAUGAUGAAAAGAAGACGAACGUCUUCUUUCCGAACGAUGCGUUCGCGAUAAGCAGAACUGACUAAACCGAGCGACGGAAUUUUGGAAAUCCUUGGGACUCCGAUAGGCACCGUUUCACAAAUCGCGAGAAGGUUCGCGAAAAGGUUCGCGGGAAGACGAAGCUUGAGAAACA